AUGGAUUUGAAUAGACUUGCCGCACUUGGUUGUUGUUCUUGGUAUUUUAAUAGAAAAGCAAAGAAUACCAAGCGUGACUUGAUAAUUCCACCAAAUCCAUCAUCACAAUCAGAUGAAAUGACGAAAAAGGAAUUAAAAAGUCGUCGUAAACAAUUUGGAAUAUGUUUAAAAUGUGGUCAAACUUUGACGGAUUAUAAAUAUUGUCAAUCAUGUUCUUCAAAGGAAUUUCAAUCAAAAUUUAAUGAGUGGACAAGUGAAGAUCUAUGUAUAGAUAAAUUCAUUCAAGGUUCUCAAUUAAAGUCGACGAAUAACCGAUCUUAUUUAUUAUGGAUACCUUUUGACGAUUUAAUCGAUGUAAAAUAUUUAGCAAAUGGAGGUUUCGCUUCGGUUUAUUCGGCCAUUUGGGAUCAUUUUGAGACCAAAGAUAUGGUUGACGUUGUACUUAAACGUUUACAUAAUGGUCAGAUUUCUAAUCCUGAAUUUUUAAAAGAACAAGUUUCAAUGUUUUUAUAUGGGUCUAUGAAUAAUAGUAAUAUCGUUAGAUGUUAUGGUUUCACAAAACACCCUACCGAAGGUUAUAUGUUGGUGUUGGAACAAGCUGAGGAUGGUGAUUUGAGAGGGUUUCUUCGUAGACAAUCUUCUACCUUAUUAUGGUCUGAAAAAUUAUUCAUUCUAAGAGAUAUUUCGAAAUCACUUGAAUUACUUCAUCAACAUGAAUUCGUUCAUGGUGAUUUGCAUACCGGUAAUAUAUUAAAGACAAAUAAUCAAAGAAGGUCAUGUCGAAUUCUCAAGAAUAAUAAGAAAAGUUAUAAUGAUAAUCUAAAAAAUAUUAGAUUAUCUAAUAAAUCUAGGGAUAUUUUAAAUCAAUUUUCUCUGGCUAAUAAUAAUACAAAGAAAAUAGUUAAACGUCAAUCAAAGUUACCCCUUUCGCUUACUCGUUCUUCUACUCUGCUUAGGAACAAUACUUACUAUAGCAAGUCUUUGAGUGAUUAUGUAACUAUUAUGGGUGUUGAAAAAUCUGCGAAUGCUGCUUCUUUUGCUGCUUCUACCAGUUCAGUUAACUUUGAUACAGAUGACGAGGACUCUUAA